UGAGUCUUCUUUCUGUGCAUGGGCUUGGACUGCGGCUGCUUCACGCCCACCCACAGCUCCAUGAUGAACUCUGGGCCUAUACUAGCAAGGAUAAAAGCAGUAUUGCGGAAGGAGAUGGUGCGAGAGUUCCUGGCAGAGUUCAUGAGCACAUAUGUCAUGAUGGUGUUUGGCCUUGGUUCUGUGGCUCAUAAUGUUCUAACAAAUCAAAAACAAGGGAGCUACCUUGGUGUCAACUUGGGUUUUGGCUUCGGAGUCACUAUGGGAGUGCACAUGGCAGGCAGCAUCUCUGGGGCCCACAUGAAUGCAGCUGUGACCUUCACCAGCUGUGCGUUGGGCCGUGUGCCCUGGAAGAAGUUCCCUGUGUAUGUGCUGGGUCAGUUCCUGGGCUCCUUCAUGGCCUCUGCCACCAUCUACAUGCUCUUCUACACGGCCAUUCAAGACUUCUCAGGUGGGCUGCUGACAGUGAGCGGCCCCAAAGCGACCGCGGGCAUUUUUGCCACCUACCUUCCUGGCCACAUGACAUUGUGGCGGGGCUUCCUGGAUGAGGUGUUCCUCACAGGGAUGCUCCAGCUGUGUCUCUUCGCCAUUACGGACAAGAACAACAAUCCGGCCCUUUCAGGGACAGAGGCCCUAGUGAUUGGAACCCUCAUUUGCAUCAUUGGGGUGUCCCUAGGCAUGAACACAGGAUAUGCUAUCAACCCAUCCCGGGACCUGCCUCCUCGCUUCUUCACUUUCAUGGCCGGCUGGGGAACACAAGUGUUCAGUGCUGGGGACAACUGGUGGUGGGUGCCAGUGGUGGCACCGCCCCUGGGUGCUUACCUAGGUGGCAUCGUGUACUUGAUCUUCAUUGGCUGCAACAGCUCACAAGAACCCCCGAAAACGGAGAAUUCUGUGACAUACGAAGACCACAAGAUAACCAUAUUGCCCAACAGCAGCUCAUCCAAGUCUGCUCUUACCCCCAUGUCUGUGAACCCUGCUUCAGUCCAGCCUGCCCAGCCCUUGGGCAGUUCCGGGAUUACAGAGCGUUUCUAAGUAGAGAUUAUUUGUGAUCCCAACCCUACUCCAAUAAAGCAAGCCUUGUCCCACAUCAGCACCCUCACUUCCUGAGGGCUUCCUGGGGCAGGCUUCCCUCUGGAGCUCUUCCAAGAGCUCCAGGGUUAUUCUUUUGGGUCUUUCUUAGCAGGUUAGAACAUAGAAUGAGGGGGAGCAAACUCAGAGGGUCCUCUGAUUAAUGUUCACACAGAAUGGCUUUCAGGCAUAGGGGAGUGGGUGGUGGUGGUUUGAGCAAGAGCUGGUAAGGGCCAGUUUUGGGGACAAUUUGAGGUUCUUAGAAGCAGGCAAGGUCCAUGUAUUUAGAGUCCAUGUAUUUUCAACCUUCUUCCCCUGACAACUUUUUUUCUUAAUUAUACAUAUGAAUACUACCUGUAUACUAUAUUCUGUUUGUGUACUAUAUCUGUGCUUUAUACAUAAAAGAUUGACUUUUUUCA